CGAAUAUUUUUUUUUUCCAAAAACGUCCCCAACAUGCAAUUAUUUGCAAAAUCAACUUGCGUGCCAUGAUAACCAACAUAGCAUGCUCUCCUCCUAAUCUCUUACUUUUACCCGGAUUAUGCAAAAAUCCCUUACCUUGACAGUUUUUAUCCCAAAAUCUAGGGUUCCGAUCCGAAUUUGCGUCGCCUGUAAUUAAUUUUUUUUUUGUUUUAUGUGAAGCCGAAGCAAAACCGUUGUGAUGGCGUACAAGUUCAAGCGCAAAUCGGAUUUACGUUUCUGCGCCAUUUCAUUGAUUAGCUUUUCUUUUUGUCUUCAAUUUCUUUAAUCCGAGUCGCAUUGGGAGUAUGUGAUAACUGUUUUUGGGGGAGUCGGUGACAGGGUACGUAUACGGUGAGGGACUGACUUGUAAGCAUCUGAGGGACUCAACUUUUGUUAAAUCAGGCCAUUCUCUUUCUGCUAUUCUGUGUUCAUCAUUGAUGAAAUUCGUUAGGUUUGCUAUAUAGAGGAAGGACAUGGACCUUAAUGCCCUUUUAACUUCUGCUGGCAUUAACAUAGGCGUCUCAGUGGCACUUAUUUCGUUAUAUUCCAUCUUGAGAAAGCAACCGAGCAAUUUAAAUGUGUACUUUGGUCGGAGGAUUGCUUCAGAAAGAGUGAGACGCCUAGAUCCUUUAUGUUUUGAUAGAUUUGUUCCUUCCCCAAGUUGGAUAGUGAAGGCCUGGGAAACCUCUGAAGAAGAAAUAAUGUUUGUUGGUGGCAUGGAUGCUGUUGUUUUUCUGAGGAUACUUGUGUUCAGUAUCCGAAUAUUCUCCAUUGCUGCUAUCAUUUGUCUUUUUCUGGUGCUUCCAGUGAAUUAUUACGGCCAAGAAAUGCCUCACAAGCAAAUUCCAUCAGAAUCACUUGAGGUUUUUACUAUUGGGAAUGUCAAAGAAGGUUCCAAAUGGCUCUGGGCUCAUUGCCUCGCCUUAUACAUCAUAUCCUUCGCAGCUUGUAUUCUUCUCUACUUCGAGUACAAAAGUAUCAGUAAGAUGAGGUUAGGGCACAUAAUUGGAUCUCCCCCAAAGCCAAGUCAUUUUGCCAUUCUUGUUCGUGCUAUUCCGUGGCUCUCAGGGGAAUCAUACAGUGAUACUUUGACAAAAUUCUUUACCAAUUAUUAUGCAUCAAGCUACUUGUCUCACCAAAUGGUGUAUCGAUCUGGCACUGUUCAGAAGCUGAUGAGUGAUGCAGAGAAGAUGAUCAAGAUGUUGACAGCUGAUUAUCCUGAUCAUGCUCAUAAACCAUGCCUGAUACCAUCUGGAUGUUGUGGAGGAAGUGUCAAUGAGUUUAAGAUCCUUUCUAGGGAAGAGACAGUUAAAGAGAAUGUCAAGGAAACAGCAGGUUUUGCUGAUCUGGGUGUAGCUUCAAGAGACAAAGAGUGCCCAGCUGCAUUUGUUUUCUUCAAGACACGCUAUGCUGCUUUUCUUGCUGCUCAGGUGCUUCAAUCAUCAAACCCCAUGUUAUGGGUUACAGAAUUAGCCCCGGAGAAGAAUGAUCUUUUAUGGUCAAACAUUUCUAUACCUUAUAAGCAAUUGUGGCUCCGUAAGAUAGCAACGCUUCUAGCAGCUAUUGUCUUCAUGUUCGUGUUCCUUAUACCUGUCACACUCGUACAAGGCUUGACUCAACUGGAGCAGCUGGCUCAGGCAUUGCCCUUUUUACGAGGAUUUUUAAGCAAGAAAUUCAUCAACCAGCUGGUAACAGGUUACCUACCAAGUGUGAUUUUGAUGUUGUUUUUGUAUACUGUUCCACCGACGAUGAUGCUGUUUUCAACAGUGGAGGGAUCUGUCUCCCACAGUGGAAGGAAAAAGAGUGCAUGCUUGAAAGUCUUAUACUUCAACAUCUGGAAUGUCUUCUUCGUUAAUGUUCUCUCAGGGUCUAUUCUCAAGCAAUUGAACGCCUUCUCUAGUGUAAGAGACAUACCUGCCAUACUGGCCAGGGCAGUGCCAACACAGGCCAGUUUCUUCAUGACUUAUGUUUUAACAUCGGGUUGGGCAAGCCUAUCAUGUGAACUCAUGCAAAUUUUUCCACUAUUUUGCAACGUGGUCAAAAAGUUUAUACUCAGAAUAAAGGAAGAUUCACCCUGUAACUUGACCUUUCCAUAUCAUACGGAGGUUCCAAGAGUCUUAGUUUUUGGGCUUCUGGGCUUCACCUGUUCCAUUAUGGCACCUCUAAUACUGCCCUUCUUAUUAAUUUACUUUAUUUUGGCGAACCUUAUAUAUCGAAACCAGAUUCUCCAUGUGUAUGAAUCGAAAUAUGAUAGUGGGGGACAAUACUGGCCUGUUGUUCACAAUGCAACCAUCUUUUCAUUGGUGUUGACGCAAAUUAUAGCUCUUGGGGUCUUUGGAAUUAAACGAUCACCUGUUGCAUCUGGUUUCACCAUUCCAUUGGUUAUCUUGACCCUCCUCUUUAAUGAGUAUUGCAGACAGCGGUUUAAACCUACCUUUAAACAGAUCGCCGCACAGAUUCUUAUCGAGAUGGAUAGACAUGAUGAGAUAUGCGGGAGAAUGGAAGACAUUUAUCGACAGUUGCAUUCAGCAUAUUGCCAAUUUGCAUUAACUUCUCAAGACUUCUGUAAAGCUGGAAACAUGAAUGAAGGAGAUCGCAACAUCCAAGAUCCAGAGGCUAUAAAUCCUCGCGUGAAGCUGGAAACAUGAAGAAUUGGGAUCAGGAUAGCAUUCGGGGUCCUGGAGCUGUAAAGACAGGUAUGAUGUCGAAAGCAAAAGGUUACUGCUUGGCUUCUAUGCCUUUCAAUUUUAACGUAAGGAUCUUAGUCAAUAGUCAAGCAAGUAUUAUGGGCUGCGGAAAGACGACUUAGUUUGAAUUGAACUAAGCUCAUUCAUUUUUACAUUUGUCGAUUUGUAAAGUUGGAUCAUGCAUGUAUAUAUAUUAAUUUUGGCUUGCAUGGAUUUUGCUCAAAACAUGAACUUACAAGCUUUCAAGAUACCAAGAAAUAUACUGUAUCUAAGAGGUUUUAAUUUA